AUGGCCUCGGCUUCAUCCUCGUCGACUUCAAUCUUGGCUAAAUGCUCUGUCCUGCCCUUUGUCAAACCAAAGAUCACCGUGGCAGGGGCCCUGCACAGCCUGGACGACAAGGCAACCAGGCUGGCGGCGCUGCAGGACGACCUGGCCGGCCAGGGCAAGGAGCUUGCAUCGGCCAAGGAGGUGCAGGAGAGGAAGGACGAGCAGCACCUGGCGCUGGCUGCUGAGCUGGACAAGCUGCAGCUGGAGUAUCAGAAGUGCAGCCGCAAGUCGGAGCGGUAUGGGACUGAAAUUGCAAUGCUGCGGAAGCAGGUGGCGGCCAAGGAGGACGAGCUGCUGGAGAUGUCGGCCGCACGCGGCGCUGAGGUGGCGGCCUUGAAGGACGUCGUCGCCCUGGGCGAGGUGCAGUUCAAGGACAAGGCCGCCGAGGCAGUGGCGCUGAACGGGAGGGUGGCCGCCGCAGAGGAGGAGCUGCAGGCCGCCAAGUCCAGGGCAGAGUCACUGGAGCGCGUCGUGGAGCGCCUGCAGCGCGCGCGGCUGGAAGACGAGCUGGCGCGGGCGCGCUCUGUGGCGGUGGCGGCCGUGCCCAAGGAGGUGCAGGAGAAGGACGAGCAGUACCUGGCGGUGGCUGCCAAGCUGGACAAGCUCCAGCAGGAGUAUGAGCAGUGCCGGCUCCAGGCGGAGAGCUACAGGCUUGAUGUCGCGGCGAUGCAGCAGCAGGUGGCGGCGAAGGAGGACGAGCUGCUGGAGAUGGCGACUGCACGCGACACUGCGGUGGCAGCUCUUCAGGACGCCGUCGCCCUGGGGGAGGCGAAGUGCUGCGACAAUGACGGCGGUGUGCUGGAGGAGCUGCAGGCCGUCAAGGCCACUGCCGGCUCGCUGCAGCGCACCGUCGAGCGCAUGCAGGAGUUGCACACACAGGUGGCGGACGAGCUCGCGGACGCCCGCUCGGCGGCGGCGGUGGCCAAGGAGGAGGUCGUGAGCUGCACUCAGGAGCUUGAGGCGGCGCGCGAGGCGGCGGCGAAGCUCGAGGGUGAGCUGGCGGCGGCAAACGUGGCCUUGAAGAAGGCCAACGCGCUGAUCAAGUCGCUGCGCGGCCAGCAGCAUCACGCGACGGAGGCGGCGUCCAAGGAAGCUUCUGAGGCCAAGAAGCUGGCCCGCAAGGCGCAGGCUGCGGCGGAGCGCAAUGAGCAGGAGGCACAGGCCGUGCGCCGCCACCAGGGGGACACCAUGCAGGGCUUUUUCCAGCUGCAGGGCGAGCUGGCGCGGCUGCAGGCGGAGAGGGAGGAGCUUCUGGAGGAGGUGGACCGCCUUCGCCAGGCCGAGGCGCAGCGCGCGGAGCAGCGCCAGGCGCGCCAGGCCUCGGACCUGGGGGCGGCCGAGGAGAUGCGCGCGCUGCAGGCACGCAACGCGCAGCUGCAAGGUCAGCUCAACGCCUUGAGGGCGGCGGCCGCCAAGGGGGCCGCGCCGCACCCCUCCAUCCAGGCCGAAGCAGACGCCCUUACCAAGACCAACACCGAGCUCAGGCAGGAGCUCACCGCAGCGACCGCGAAGAUUGCGUCCCUGCAGGCCCGCAUCAGGGAGGCGCAUGCGGUGGCGGCGCCGGGCUCGCCGGCCAAGGGCCUACCGGCCUCCCAGGCCAACGCGGUCCGCAACGCGCAGGGGCAGAUGGCGGCGCUGCGCGAGCAGGCGGCGGCGCGGGACGCUGAAAUCAAGCGGCUGAGGGAGGCGGCGGCCGAGCAGCACCAGCAGCUGGAGACCCAGGCGGCUCUGAUCCAGCAGCUGCUGGACGGCGGCGCCCAGACGGCCGCCUGCAAAAAGCUGCGGGAGACUGUGGACCAACUUCGCGGCAACUUGCUCGCUGCCCAGGCAGCCACGGUCAAGGUCGCAGCCGAGCGCGAUGCCAGGCUGCCGCAGCACGCGGUGCACGAGGUGGUCGCCACCGUCGCCACCCAGGUGGCCCUGGACUUUGCGCGCGCACUCGAGGGCAGCCUGGUGCCGCGGCAGCUGCAGGCGUUCCGCGCGCUCGCGGCGCGCUGCCGGGCGGUGCUGACCGACGCGGACGAGGUGCACCUGCAGGGCGCCUGGCGGGCGCUGCACGCCGCGCACCGGCAGGCGGGCGCGGAGCAGCAGCAGCAGCAGCAGCAGCAGCCGGAGCAGAAGGCGCCGCGUGCGUCAAGCAGCGACAGCACGCCUGGCGGCGACGCCGACCAGGCGCCCGCGGCGGAGGUGACCAAGCCGGCCGCCCGUGGCCGCGGCCACGGCUCCAGCAGCAGCGCCGCCAGCGCGGCCGAGGUCGUGGACGACGCCAUCCAGGCUGCCGUGCAGCUGGCGUUGUCCCAGCUGGACGGCGCGGUGGCGAGGCCCACGCGCCCGCGCGGCAGCGCUGCGGCGGAGGGCGGCGGCGCCUUUGGCAGCCAGAGCCUUCUCUGGGUGCGCUGGGGCCCGGCGGCGGCGCGCUGCCACAAUAAUGAGGGUGCUCGUAGCUGCUGCAAGCCACCACUUGGUGACACGUAG